ACAUGGUUUCUCCCUCCCAGAAGCCUUCAGUUAGUAACAACAUGGCGGCGCCCGGUAGGCACGUAGGGCAUUAUAUCCAAAGAAACAGUCGGGUUUUGCUUAAUAAUUUCGAACAGCUAUGGAGUCACAGGAAUUUUGGUUGGACUUCAGCUCUGCGACAACAAGCUGCAGAAGCUAAUAAAGAACCUACAGAUACUAUCGUCAUCCCCAGGAAGAAAACAUGGAGCAAAGAGGCGGUGCUGGAGGCUCUGUCUUCCACUGUGGGCAGGGAUCCUACAGCAUAUCCCUACAACUUCCAGGAUGAUCCUUUCCUCUCGCCCAGGACAGUUAAUGAGUUUAAGUUGUACUCUCUCUCUAAGGAAUCUGGCAGAUCUGCAGCCAAAUUCUUUAUCAACAAUAAUCCCAAGUAUUUCACCACAGACUUCGCUGAACCACAUAUACCGUGUCUGAUGCCAGAGACGGUGUCACUGCUCCUGGAGGAUGUGAGUGAGGAGGCGCUGAAGGAACGAGUCCGCCUGAGGAAAGUUACAGCUGCUGUUGAAAUGUACGACCAGCUCCUGCAGUCUGGCACAGCGGUCUCUAUGGAUACUACCUAUGACCUGUUGGACCUGAUCUGUCUGUACUGUGACAGAGACCCUGUGGAGGAGGGGGUGCCGCAGUCAGAGGACAUGGAGGAGCCUGGGGAGGAGGUGAAGCAGGGCCAGGGGACGCCGCGCCGGGCCUCAGACUUCAUGAAGUUCAGCUGGAAGGAGAACAACAACGCAGAGCGGAUCUUCAACCUGCUGCCAGAGAGAGACACACGCUGCUACUCGGCUCUGAUCAGAGGCAUGGUCAUGCACGGAGCCCACGCAAAGGCCUUCAGCAUUUACACAGACCUGCUCAACAACAGACUGACCG